AUGGAUGUCAAACUGCUGCCACUGUUACUUCUGUUGGCCGUGAUCAUACAUGGACCUACAAGUACCGCAAAACCCAUCAGUCUUGUGGAAAGAUGCUGGUGUCGUUCAACGCUAAACACGGUUCCUCAGCGCUCCAUCAAAGAGCUCAAGUUCCUCCACACGCCUAACUGUCCCUUUCAAGUCAUUGCCAAGCUGAAGAGCAACAGAGAAGUUUGCAUCAAUCCGGAAACCAAGUGGCUGCAGCAGUAUUUAAAGAACGCCAUUAACAAGGUGAAAAAGUCAAGAAGACGCAACAACAAAAAACACUAG